AUGUUGCUUAAACUUUUGAAGGAUGCAUUCCCAAAAGGUGAAACUUUGCCAAAGUCGUUCUAUGCAACGAGGGCACUCCUUAGGGAAUUGGGCCUUGAUUAUCACAAGGUACAUGCAUGCCCAAGAGAUUGCUCACUGUAUUGGAAGGAGACAGCUAGUAGGGAUGAUUGCAUAGUGUGUCAGACGCCUAGAUACAAACAGUUUGAGGGUGAGAAGAAUGAUUAUAAAAAGAAGCAACAAAGAAUUCCCCAGAAGAUUGUGAGAUACUUUCCUUUGAUUCCAAGGCUUCAAAGAUUGUUCAUGUCAUCCAAAACUGCUUCAUUAAUGAGAUGGCAUGUAGAGGGCCGAAUUGAUGAUGGCAAAAUGAGACAUCCUGCUGACUCUCUUGUCUGGAAAAAUUUUGAUACUUUGUAUCCCAAGUUUGCGAGUGAGCCUCGCAAUGUCAGACUAGGUUUAGCAGCGGAUGGAUUUAAUCCAUUCAAGGCAAUGAAUGUUGCUCACAGCAGUUGGCCAGUUAUUGUAAUGCCUUAUAAUUUGCCACCGUGGUUGUGCAUGAAACAACCUCAUAUGAUGAUGAUAUUGCUCAUUGAUGGUCCUUCUUCACCUGGCAAUAACAUUGAUGUCUACUUGCGCUUGUUAGUGGAUGAACUGAUUGAAUUGUGGGAAAAUGGUGUUCAGACGUACGAUGCAGAAACUAAUCAAAUGUUCCAAUUGCACGCGGUCUUACUGUGGACAAUAAAUGAUUUUCCUGCAUAUGCAAAUUUGUCUGGAUGGAGCACGAAAGGUGCUUUAGCUUGUCCUUGUUGUAACAUACGUACUCGACAUCGGUAUUUGAAGAAUGGAAGGAAAAUUUGUUACAUGGGGCAUCGCCGCUGGUUGAAUGCGAGUCACAAAUUUCGAAAAGAUGCUGCGUCUUUUGAUGGAACUUCUGAAUUUGAACCAUGUCCAACUCGGUUAUCGGGGGCUAAUGUGUUACGACAGCUAGGGCCUAAGCAUCAACCAACUAACAGACAAAAAAGAACUAGGAAAGGAAAGGAAAAAGAGGACAACGAGGAGGAUCAUAAUUGGAGGAAGAGGAGUAUUUUCUUUGAGCUUCCAUAUUGGGAGCAUAAUUUGAUUCGCCACAAUCUUGAUGUAAUGCACAUUGAGAAGAACGUGUGUGAUAAUGUAUUGUGGACGAUAUUAAAUGUUGAUGGGAAAGGAAAGGAUAAUUUAAAUGCUCGUCGAGACUUGCAAGAUAUGGGAAUUCGAAAGGCAUUACAUCCUAAAAAAGGGGUUGGGAACAGGUAUUAUUUGCCGCCUGCAUGUUUUGCUAUGAACAAUAGAGAGAGAGGUUUGUUUUGUACACUCCUGAAGAAUAUCAAAGUUCCAGAUGGGUAUGCAUCCAAUAUUUCUCGUCGUGUUAACCUCAAACAACAUAGCAUAUCUGGACUGAAAAGUCAUGACAACCAUAUAUUGAUGCAACAAAUACUUCCAAUAGCAGUGAGAAAUUUGUUACCGAAAAAAGUUGUUGAACCAUUGAUUGAGUUAAGCAAUUUCUUCAGGCAGUUGUGCUCCAAAACUUUAGAGCCAGAUGGGUUAGAUCGUCUUCAAUCCCAAAUUGCUCUUACACUUUGUCAUCUUGAGAGAAUUUUUCCUCCAUCCUUUUUCGAUAUAAUGGAGCACUUGCCUAUUCACCUAGCAGAGGAGGCCAAGAUUGCUGGUCCAGUGCAAUAUCGCUGGAUGUACUUCAUAGAAAGGUGUGCAAUUCUACUCCAAUUUAAGGUUGUAGUCAUUUGUUUGUUUAUAAUUGAAAGUCAUGUGUGCAUUUGUUUGUUUAUAGGUAUCUUAUGA